AUGCAGUCGAAAGAUGCAAGGCCUAUUGAUAUUAAAUCUAGAAUUAUUAUCAAACAACAAGCUACAAACAGUCUGCAAUUGGAUGGUGCUAAUAGACUGCAAAGUUAUGAAGUGGUCAAACGACUCGUUGGUGGACACAUGAAGAUAAAACACGACAAAGAAUACGGCGCCUCAAAAAACUAUAUCGGAUACGAGGGCAAGACUGAAAGUGGAAAAUUCGCAGGUGUGUAUGUGGCCGAUCCGUCGGGCGGCACUGUAGGAUGGAACCAGGGCAUCUGGGACGACGGCAUGCUCAUGUCCAGCGCUGGCGAAGGCAAAGAAGCCGGAAAAGUGAAAGAGGACGAUGAAGAAAAGAAAACGUUAUCGGAUCAGGUGGCUGAGGGGAAAUAUGGACUGAUUCAAAAUGAGAUAUUUGCUAAAGCCCCGAAACGACCGGGUAUCGUUAGCUAUGAACCAGAUACUGAAACUAGAACGAAAGAUAACCUCCAAAGUCUCGGUGGGCUCAAAAAGGAUGAGAUUUGGCUCGCAGAAGACCACCUUUUAGUUCUCAAAGGGGGAUCGUUCCCGGAGCGCACGAAGGAUACGGGAGUAAAACCUUGGCCACCUAUCGAUAGCUACGAAGCCCCGAGAAGGCAAGUAAAGCUCCCUCAGAAACCCAAAGUACCUCCGCCCUUUCCGGUACGCCUCUCCGACGACGGACCGCUCGUCUUCCUUACUCCUAACGGUAGCGUCCCCGCGUCCCUUUUCCCUCCCUUCCCUACGGGAGAAGGCGAUGGCCCUCUACCACCACCGCCAUUCCUCUUCACAGCGGGAGCGCCAUAUCCCUCGGGUGAAAAUCAGAGAAACUCUACUGCCGGGCAAGCGCCGUUGCCAAUUCCUCCGUUCCCAUUCCUACCUGGGAAUGCGAGCGAAGGACCAUACCCCUUCCCCCCAUCCAUGAACGGCUCUUUUCCAGAAGGCUUUCCUCCGGGCGCGGCGUUUCUACCACCACCGAGCAACCAAACAGACCUAUACGACGAAGACGACCCUUCGAUCUAUUAUCCGCCGCCUUACAAUUUUUCCUACCAUUCCGAGUAUAACAACAGUGUACCUGCGGGACCACUUGUGCCUGGAAUAAUCUUACCGCCGCCUCCGGACUUCUUCGCCCCACUUGAUGAAACCACUACAACAGAAGUAGUGUACACUAAAAGACCCGCUACAACUUCCACUCACUCGAGGCCAAAAUAUCAUAGAAAACAACCAACCACGCCGUCUGUUGUGUAUCGACGCAAAUACAAAACAAGACCAACGACAACAACUGAAUCUACCAGAACAACUGAGGUUCCGACCACGUUCACAACUGUCCCGCCAACUGAAGUAAUGACAACACUUAAAGAGAGGACGCCACAGCGUGUUGUAACACCGCCGCCUAGAAACCCAAUUAGAAUACAAAACUUACCGGAUGAAGUAACUUACAGACCAAAGACAGAGAAGCCGGUGUACAAGACAAGAACAAAGCUUACUUCAAAACCACUGUCUGUAUCUGUAUUAUAUGAUUAUCCAGAACAGAUUUAUAAUACAAAACCCCCGGCGUCUUCAGAAAACCCCUAUAUUAUUUAUAGGUUACCAGAAAAAACACCAAAUUCUAUCCAAGACGAUAUAGUAACGUCUACUCAGGUUCCGCUCAGAGCUUACUAUUCUGACGAUCAAAACGAUGGCAUACCAGCGACAAAACUGCAACCUGUGUACAGACGUAAACCGAGCCAGAACGCCGUGGCUUCUUUCUACUUUUAUGAUGAGCAACCCAAAACUUCGCCAGCUCCUGAAACUUACUUUGAUGGUAGAAAUUACUACAAAACUGUACCAUCUAAUCCAGCUCGACAGCCCCAACAUCAGAGCGUUACCACUCAGAACGGCUACAGUCCAGUAGUCGACGUUUCUUAUGGCGCCAUCGAUGAUUCCGACGGACUAUUUCUAUGGCCACAGAAACAAGGUCCCAGAAUUCUAACUCAGGAGUACUUUAGUGUGCAGAAACCUCGCCCACAACCCGUCUACGUGCAGCAACCGAAACAGAAUCCGAGCACUUUCUACCAAGAAAUUGCAGAUAUUCGACAAACGAUCGACUUGUUUACUACCAAGAGACCUAAAGCACAAGCACAACGCAAUAUAAACAAACAAAAGCAUGGUACUCCGCGACCUGUCUAUCAAUUUAGUUACCAGUCCAACCCGAGACCUGAACAGCUAGCGUUCCGUGCACCAAAACUUGACCCGGAACCUUUCAGACCAAUGGUUAGCUACAGCAAGCCUUUUAACGUCGAAAAUGAAUUCAACGCCAUAACUCCAUCUGUUUCGCCGGUGUACCAUCAGCAGUACCUGGUAGAAAAUGUACCCGUGACGACAGAAACACCGACACCCAGCAGAUACUAUCCGAAAACUAAUCCCACCCAAGAAGUCUACAACGAUGCUCAAAUAAAUAAAGAGGAAAACAAAAAUAGAAAUCAGAUUCCUGUACAGACAGGGAAGCCGACGCCCCUCCAUCAAGUGAAUAGGUACCCCAGUACUACGCCCAAUCCCAUAAGUAACGGCUACUACACGAAGCAAGACGAAACUUACUUUGACGACAUCACAAGGAAUUCCUUUGAUAUUUUUGGACAGAAAGUGGAAGACGGGGCUCAUGAUGUAAACGGCCUAGCGGUAACACCUCCUCUAGAAACCGUGCGCACUCCAGUCAACAACAACAUAAAUUUGCAGUACGACUACGAAAUCGUACAAUCUCCGAGGCCGACUAACCCUCCGUCGUUAGAUGGAGAUAUACUGGUAAACUAUCGUCCACCGAGGCCGCAGAUCAACCCAAACAGUGAGCCGAUUGCAAUCAAUGCGAACGCGCAACUGGUGCAGCCUCCCAAACCCCCAUCGCUACUGGACGACACGCGAGUAAAUGACAAAUAUCCGAGACCCACCAUCAAUCCAGACAGUGAAUUCAUCCCUAUAGCGAAUCCUAAUUACCGGAAGGCGGCUCAGUAUGCAAGCGAAUUGGACGACUUAAACGCGACACCGGCGCCGCCGUCAUUACAAGGGGACACGGACGUAAAUUACAACAAUCCUGGCCCGAGCAUCGAGCCUGAGGCGGAGUGGAUACCGCCGGCGGGAGCAGGGGAUGGGCGGCGAGGCGCGUUCGUGUCGUACCGGCUGCCCGGCGAGGGCGCGCACGUGUACUUCCUGACCCCGCAGGCGUCGCAGGGCGCGCACGACAGGCGCAGGCCGCCCGGCUACGGACGGUGAAACCAAAGCUCUAGUCUGAACUCUAACGCCGCAACGGAGGCGACCAAUUGUGUAAAUACAAAGCGCAAAUGUGAUGUUUAAGUGUCCUAAGUAGUUUAAGGUCAGUAAAGACUAGCGGUGCACGCCGCAUUGCCAUAAUAUUUAAAACGAAGCGCGAGGUUUCAAUCGCGCGAAAUCGAUGUGUGAAAAUAUCGUACCGAUACGAAAUGGACGCUACUAACUUUUAUAACCUAUUUAUUAAAUUAUUUUGCUAAGUGACUGAGGUGCAAGUGUAGUGAUAAUUAAUUUAUUUAUGUAUGUCAGUAUUCUGUAUGAAAAAUUAGGCUCGAUGCGAUGUGAUAGAGACGGUGUCGAAAAUCGUCGUAGACUAUUAAUAAAUGUAAUUUUUUGUUAUUAUAAUUGUUAUGUAAAUGAAGAUAAUGAUAAGUUAUUGUGAUUUUGUAUCUGUAUUUUCUUACAAAAAGAAAAUAAAGUAUAAUAUUAAAAAUGUUUAAUUCAAAA